CAACAGCGCGGGCCUCCUGAAAAGGAACGUCCUCAGUUCGUGAGGGGACGCAUGGAACGACGUCGCUACCCAAAGAUGGCACCCCUGGGCCUUCUCCUGCUGGGCUUGGUGGGGGCGACCAGCGCGUGCUUCAUCACAAAUUGCCCUCCGGGAGGGAAGCGGUCUUCCGAACCGUCGGCCGUCCGAAUGUGUCCCCGGUGCGGUCCCGGCGGUCGCGGAGUGUGCUACAGCGCGGACGUGUGCUGCACGAGCAGCGCUUGCGUGAUCAACGACCCGCUGCUGGCGCUGCCGUGCCGCGCCGAGAGCCUGCACAGCCACGCCUGCCAGGUGCCCGGAAAGCGCUGCGGAGCCGUUGAACAGGGACGAUGCGCUAUGCGGGGAUUCUGCUGCGGAGCAGACGGCUGCAGGAGAGACGAGUCUUGCUCAAACGACGCAAGCACCGACCAGUUCGGAACGAGCGUCGACAUGCUGGAGUACGGCGUAUCCCGGAGGUAACCAACCGACCCGCGGCUGACCGGAGCCCACAGCAGAACUCGGCGGAUCGAACGAAAUGCUCGAAAAAAUAAAAGUUCACUUUCCCACGUC